UCCGCACAGCCUGGCGCUAUCCAACCUGGUGGGAGUCCUCACCGCGCAACAAAUCCAUGGCAUCUAGGCCAGGACUACCCGUGCCGUCACAUAUGACGGUUUUGUAUGUCUUACGAUGCGAGACAUGACCGCUCAUACAAUUAUCAUCUUUCCCUUGCCAACCCAGGUACUGGCAUCUUCCGCAAGGCGGCCUUUUAGGGCUCCGUCACGAUCCGUCAGAGACCCGGCAACCCACACACUUACCAUCUCGCCCACAGUCAUUCCUGAGAGCAAGACUUGCUGGGACGCUACGAAGCUAGGGACAUGGACCUGGAUCUCAGCUGGAAUGUGCCUUCCUGGAUGCCGGCCCUGCUUUUUGACAGGCUUCUGAACUCCCUGUCGAGUCUUGCAGGACGUCCACUCGUGCGUCCUGCACGCCGUUUGGUGUAACAAGUCUGACCCAGCUUGCAACUCCAAGCUACCUUACAGC